AGCGCAAAUAAUAUUAUCAGUACAGUGACAACUUCAGUGCUGACAAGAUGUCUGGUCCGGACUUCAAAUUAUAUUCGAACGUUUUUAUUGAAACGAACAUACAGUGCAUAGAUUACGACGCUGUUAUCCUUAUUUUGUAUCCGGAAGAUCUAAAUGUACCCUUACCAAGACACAUCGGCAGUUUCAUUGAAAAGAUCUCCAAAGUCGACAAGCAUAUACACAAAACAGCCACAGUUUGGAAUUGUGAUUACGUUUCUGGAGGCAGACUGGUGCUAUCUCCAACUGGAAAAAUCUCGCCAUACCAUGAUGCUAAGGUAGUCAGAGAUGCUGCUUUUAAAGGCAUGAUAAGGGCUCUCGAAGCUGGAGCUAAGAAACCGCUGCUCGUAGUACAAAAUGUCGUUAACUUCCCCGAUGGGCAGCUAGUUUGUAUACUCGGAGCAUUGGAAGCUCUGUACACUCCUUUACAAAUCAGAGAAAGAGAUACAACGAACAAUUUCCUAAGAAUCGGCUUCCAUUCCGAAGAGAGAUUGAGCGAGAGUUUUGAGAAAACCGUCCGCAAUGCGCUUGCUUUGGAAAAAUCUAGAAUUUUAACAAGAGACAUCGCCGGGUCUGAUCCUGAACGAAUGACUCCAGCUAACAUUGUCAACUAUGUGAAAUCUAGUUUUGAAACUGAUAGCAAUAUAACAAUAAAAAUAAUUGAUGACCAAGAAACCAUUGCAGAAGAAUAUCCUUUACUAGCUGCGGUUGCUAGAGCAUCUUCUCAAAUAGAGAGGCAUAAGCCAAGAGUUGUUGAACUAGAAUACAAGCCGUCAGACGUUGCCAGAGUAACUCAAACCUUAAUACUAGUAGGCAAAGGUGUAACUUACGACACCGGCGGCGCAGAUUUGAAGAUAUCUGGAAAAAUGGCAGGCAUGUGCAGAGACAAAGGCGGUGCCGCAGCUGUAGCAGGCUUCCUAAAAGCCUGUUCUUUGCUAAAACCACCACACCUGAAGGUUAAAGGCGUUCUCUGUUUAUGCAGAAACUCCAUCGGCGAAGAUUCUUACGUUCCAGAUGAAUUAUUGAUAUCUAAAAGUGGUAAAACCGUUAGAGUGACGAAUACUGAUGCAGAAGGCAGAUUCGCGAUGGCAGACGCGUUGUUCAAAAUGGGUGUCUUAGCUGAAAACGAACUAAAUCCGCAUUUAUACACGAUCGCAACUUUGACUGGACAUGCGAGGCUUUGCUACGGUAAUUAUACAGCGGCGUUAGACAACUACAGCGCCAGAGGAACGAACCAUGCAACAUCUUUGCAAUUUAGCGGUUCCAGAGUCGGUGAAGGUUUUGAAGUAUCAUUUAUACGGCCUGAGGAUUUAGCUGUUAACAAUGGGAAAUGCAAGGGAGAUGAUUUGAUUCAAGUUGAUAUGGACGCGAAAUGUCGUCAUCAUCAGCUGGCUGGAGGCUUCCUAAUAAAAGUUGGUGGGCUAGAAGAUAAAAAUAUUAAGUACACGCACUUGGACAUCGCUGGUGCAGCUGGAACUGCUCCUUCUGAACCAACUGCUGUGCCAAUUUUAACUUUGUGUCACGUUCAUAAAGUUUUAAUGUGAUUUUUUUAUAUCAUUGUUUACGCUUUUCUUUUUUUUCUUGUUUUAGGGUUUUAUUUUGGAUUUAAAAGAUAUGAUGUUGUUUAAUUUAGUUUAUGAUCUAUGUGUAUGCGAAAUUGUAUCAAAAUCAAUCGAGUAGUUUUUGAGCUUUUUAAAUCAAUACAUAGUAUAAAACAAAGUCGCUUUCGCUGUAUGUCCGUAUGUAUGCUUAGAUCUUUAAAACUAC